GCCCCGCCACCACGCGCACCACGCACACUGCCACGCGCCCUGUCGCCGUCUCCCCGCCGUCUAGCGCCUAUCCGGACUUCGUGUUGCCCAAGCACUCCUGCAGCUUCAGGAAGUCCUCCGAGCGGCUCGAGUACGAGCUCAGCCAGACCAACAUCUACUCUGCGUGCCCCUCCACGCGCUCCAGCCGCUCCGGCGGCGAGCCCGCGCCGCUGCUCGACGAGACCGACCAACUGCACAGCCUGCGCGACCUGCGCGACCCGCUGCCGCUCGAGCGCGAUCGCGAACGCGAGCGCGAGCGUGCCGCCUCCGAGCGCGAGCCGGCCCCUGUACGCGCUGCUUGGCGACGUAGCGCCAGUUGUCGCAACCUGCGUGAUUAUAGUUUCGAUGACGCCGGACGCGCCAAGCGGCGUCGCGACGCUCGCAGUGCCAUUGCUGACUUGGAUGCGUACCGCUUACGCACCGAUGAUCCCAUCACGCGCUACGGUGAAUCGCGCACGACAGCGCUCACGUUCGGGCGCGGCGGGUCGGUAGAGUCUCAACGCUCGUUUCUAGGACGAGCGUAUUCAGCGAGUUUUCCGGGUGCGGUAGGUGAGCCGCGUCUCGACCUGCCGUCGUUUGCGCGUGCUGGAUCACAGGACGACGUGUCGCACGACAGCUACGAGGUUAUCGAACGUUCUGACGACGAGUCCGAGGGUCGGCGCGACAGGAUGCGUGCGCGCUCGCCGCCAGUGCGCACGCGCUCCUGCUCGCUCGACUCGGGUAAUGACCUGUCAGACGACGAUCAUUCGCUGUCUCAUUUAUCUGAAGGCGAGGGCCGUGAGUCGGACGCUGCUGGCGGCCGGUAUGGCAGCGAACCUGAUCUCGCUCUCGACCCGUUCUUAAUCGAUGACCCGCGAAUCUUGCCCCGUGAGAAACUUUCUGUACGCUCAGAUGGUGCCUUUUAUCGCGAGAUAAAGCGUGCGUUGGGUUCACGCACAUCUAGUCAGGAAUCGCGUAGUGACAUAUACGAUCCCAAACUCUCAAAGAGUAGCGCAGAGUCGAGUAAAAAGUCACGUGAUAGUGUCUAUCAUACGGACAGUAAGAAGUCCCGCGAGACGCUAAAGAGUAAGAGCUCCGACCGCUCGGGUUCUCGCACGUCCAGCCAGGACUCCAAAUCUGACUAUUACGACUGUAGGAGGAAUCUUUACGAUCCGGAUGAUAUUAGACGACGCAGUAUUACAAGUGUACAGCCAACAUACAUAGAUCCUUUCGAACCCGUCUCACCCUCGUCUAGUCCGGAUUCAACCAAAGACUUUUACGAUACUCAGCCAACUUUCAUCGGAAUGGAGAAACCUGAGUAUCGUGAGAGGACUUUGUUUGAUAAGUCGCACGAAGACUUGAUUGCCAAUUUAGCUAAUUCUCCGAACUACUAUCAUAUUCCGACACCUUAUUCUACGUUUCCAAGUAACAAUAAGCAUAAAGACGCUCCACCGAUGCAUUCAGCUAGUUUGCAAAAUGUUGAACUAGAACAAUACGGUCAAUAUUCGGACGUGAGUCCACCAAAGAAAUCUGAGGAAUUUUCUACUGAAGAAGAAGAUUUGCAUCCGCAAACGACGCACAUUUGGCCUGAAAAGAUAAUCGGCCUGGAAACGGAGAUCGAUAGCACCAGGGCUGCUAAAAUACACAGCUACCAACGUCGUCGUUCAUCUGAUACUGUGUUUAGUUUUGAUAAAGAAAAGAUUGAGUCGUUAACGCGAUCUAUAAGUAAAGAGAAUACAACCUCACAUCUUGUAAAAGAGUCUUCGAACGAGUCCGACGUUAAUGUUAGGAUAUUGCCAGCCAUGGACAGCAUUGAGUAUGCGAAAAAUAAAGCUAAAGCUGCUGCGAUGCAGACUGAAACAGCUUCUAUCCUUCAAUCGGAGUUUGACAAGCGGGGCAAGGUGCACACUCAUAUGGUUAGAAAAGACAACGUCAAAGAGGAAUUGAUGGCUAAGACUCAUUUCGACGAAUACAAUCCAAAAUUAAUACUAGAGACGAGCUCUAGUAGUCGCUUGGCGGAUACAGCCGUAACGUAUACACAUCCGACUGUUGAAAGGACUAAGAGCGAUCCAAACAGUCUUGCGAACAGGCCACGAUUUAGUAGUGUUAAUUCCCGAAGGCAUGUAUUGAUGCAUCAAAAGUCUAUCGAUUUAACACCUGCCGAGUCUAGUGAUGAGGAUUACAUAUUCCGCCAGAUACCAAGUGCUCCUCCCAUUGCUACCAAAAGAUCUCAUUUUGAAUUGCCUUCAAGACAUCCUGAUCACAUUCGACCUCCUUUCGAUUUACCCAAGAACUAUUUUAAAGAGUUUGAUGAUUUCAAGGCGGGUUUUAAAGAGCCGAAAAAGUCCAUAGAAGAUGGAUAUGAUAUCCCUUAUGUUUUACAUAAGCGCCAUGUCAUGAAUGGGACCGCGCCGUCUCCUUUAGAUGAUAAGAGACAGCCGCCUGAUAUAGUUAUGCUUCCUCCGCAGAAUGGGAGGCACGUAGUUAGUGCGCAUCCUCGUUGUAAGUAUCAUGAUCAUCCUAAAUCUCCCCGGUCGCCAAAAUCUCCGAAAUCUCCAAAAUCACCGAAAUCCCCUAAAUCGCCCAAAUCACCAAAAUCGCCCAAGUCACCAAGAAGCAGUAUACAAGUUGAUCACAGCUCUAAGUUCCUUGAAGUUGAAAAUCGUGACUUUUUGUUUACACAAAAUAUAGAUCUAUCAAAGGUAGACCCUGUCACUUUAGAAGUAGAUAAAAGUGGUCAAUUGCAACAUAUGCCUAGCCCGAAGCGUGAUAUUACUAAGAACUUAGACCCCGCACUUCUUGAGACUUUGAAUUCCAAAUUAAGUCAAAUAGAAAGUGAUUCAGCAACUAGUUCCAAAACAGACAGCGUUAUGCAGGAGUCUCAGUAUCCGCAUGACAUAAAAUUCACAAUAAAUGGACGAACUAUUCAGCAAGCGCCGAUUUCCAAAGAAUCAAAACCAUUAACAGCAGCAGAAAAAUUACGGGCUGAUAUAAAAUCUAAAUCUGAGAAAAUGCCACCGAAACGUGGACCUAAAACACGAGGCACUGGAAAAAAAGGCACAGGUGGAAAGAUAAAAGCAAAGAAUAAUAAUAAAAUAAGAAUUACUUCUUUUUCUUCGGAUGAUGAAAGUGUUGACUCUGAUGAUGUUUUCGGAACCACAGAAGCAGCACCAAAAUUAGAAUUCUCACCACCCCAGUCACGAAAAGACCUCGAACCCAUAUUGCAGAUGGAGUAUGACAAAAUUACGUCCGGAGCUUGGCAUAGGGGUCAAACAAUGAGUUCUACGGAAAUAGAAGGUUCGCCUCCUCAGUGCCGUAAGUUACUAGAAUUAGAGGCGAAGUACAAUCCUCAAGUUCUUGAAAGUGUGGGUACUGCUACCGAGUUGAGACGUAUUUCUGAGCGUUCAAUAUCCAUUCCUAGUUCUGAAGACGAUGUUGCUGCUAUGAAAUUGCCGGAAAUUAAACAGGUUAGUAAGGAAAGCUCCACUUGGGAGUAUAACGAGAACAUUCCAUCUCCGAUAUUAGAGAGCACGGAGUUUCUCAAAUCGGAUGAUGAACAUUUAGUCGAUAUGGAAAUACAAAAGGUCACAGGGCUUCGGACACAGUCUGACGAGCAGAGUGAUGUCGCUAAGGAUGAAACGUCUAAAGAUGUUAAUAAACUUGAUGUAAAAAAGUCAUUACGAGAUGAAUUGAUUUCGCCCAUGCUGCGAAAACCAGGUGGAACUCCAAUUCUCUUUGCACAUGCUAGACUGAAUUUGUCAGAAGGGUCUGUUUUCUCCUUGCAAAGGCAAAAGGCAACUCAGGAUUCACCAACAGCAAGCCGUCGAGCUAAAAGCUUAGAUACGCCUGUUAUACAAUUACACAGAUUGCCGCCAAUGAAUGCUUUCUCGUCGAAAGAUGAUACUGUUGAGGAUAUUAACGAAGAAGGUGAUAUACUUGAAGAAAAGCCAUUAGUCGAGGAGAAAGCGAAAACCUUAGUAUCGAAAAAAGAUACAAUUGAGAAAAUAGAAGAAGUAGAAGAGGAACAAAUGGCUGAUCAGCCCGAAGAAUUAAAGUCUGUGGUGAUAGACAACGAGGAAUUGCAGUUACUUGAAGAUCUGGUUGAACAAAGACGUCCACGGUCAUUUAAGCGUCGAUACGAUUUAACCAAAUUACAAUCACAGGCUAAAUCUCCUUCGCGGUCGCCAAUGAGUAAGUCACCGUUAUCUAGAUCGCCGAUUUCGAAGUCGCCAUCUAGAUCGCCAACUUCCUCACUAAACUCUCCUAGAGGUAGUAUUAGAAAACUGUCCGACUUGAGUGAAGAUCAAAUUGUACCUGAUAUUGAAAGAAUUAAACGUAAAGAGAAGAAAAAAUUAACUUUGAAAACAAAGCCUGAGGAUAAACAGAAAAUAAGCAAGUUGAAUAAAGGAGGUUCUUUUGAUACUAAUGCUACAAAAAUUAGAGCACUGCAAACUCAGAAAUCAUUGCCAUCUUCAUUGAAAGAUCGACCUGAUUUCUUAACUGUUCCUCCCUUGGACAUUGCUCGGGCUAAGAGUCAAGAAUUAGACCAAGCUGCAAAGAAGAUAGCCAAAGAAAAGUCAAAGUCACUGGAGAAAAUGGAGGUAAAACGCGGUAGUAGCAAAGAAAGAACCAAAUCUCAGGAAGAUAGUGAUACAGAAAUUGCCAAACGUAAAGAAAAGCAACAAAUGCUCUUUGAAGCCGCUUUAAAACAAACGAAAACACUCAUAAGUCCCGUGAAGGAUACAAUACCGCCCUUCCCUCCUCCGGAAGACAAAAUAUUGGUGAAAACCGAAGGCGAUAAGAUAAUUAUUGAAACUAAAAUCACAAGUAAAGCAGAAGAUCACGUCUUUAUAGCCAAGUCUCCCAAAAAACUUGAUAAUAAAUUAAGUGGCAAAAUAAGUAGAAGUUUCGAAGAUCAAAAAACUCCUAAAUCAAGCACCAAAAUUAAUAAGAGCAUGGAUGAUAAAUCAAGUCAGUCUUUGGAAGACAAAUUUGAUGACUUGGCUGCCUUACAAAAGUCACCGAAAACUCUAUCGAAAAAACAAGAAAUUAAACAGCAAAUUGAGGGAAAAGUUGUGUAUCAGAAAAUUCAUCCAAGUGUGAAAUCCAAAAGUUUAGAUCGGAAAGUUGACCCACACCUCGACUCUAAGGCCAAAUCAAAGAGCCUUGAUAGAAACUACGUAACACCUUCGUCUAUGAUGCCAACAGAGACUACAGAAAAGCAUUUCAAGCAGGAAGUCGUUAAGGUUGACGUUCAUCCAAGUGUAGCAGAAGAGCCCGAGAAUAUCGUGGAAGAGGAAGUUACGCCGGUCAAAGACGUUAAAGAUCUAUCACCGUCAAAUAGCUACAAGGAAAAAACUGAGGACGAUUCUUCGAUAGAAUGGAUGACAAGUUCCCAACACACCGUAAUAGAAAAUGAUACGCAAACUAUUAUAAUGGAACGCCGGAAGAUUGAUAUCUAUAAUAAACAAAGGCAGAGUGAACUUCAAGAGAGUAGGAGCAAUCAAGAUGUACAUGAACUGCUUAAAUCUGAAAGAAAACCAGAGGUGUCUCGAUUGACUAGUGAAGAAGAAUCUUUAACGGAAGUAAGUGAAUUGAAAGUGUCUGACGAGAGCAAUUUGUUAGGUUUAUCAUUGCCUUAUAUUGAUGCUGACAGCUCAUCUGACCAAGAUCAAGCUUCAAAGAGGAUGAAAUUACCACGCGGUAAAAGUGAUGACACUGGCUCAUGGGUAACGGUUGAUUAUGACGACACAGCCGAUACAGAGUUACCCCUUUCUGAUAUGAGCAGCAAAACUACUACUAGAGGAAAAAGAGCCUUAGACCCUCAAGGAACCUUCGAUGAAUCCUCAGCUAGUUUAGUAGAGUUCUUGAAACAUGAAUCAAUGUCUCAAAUGUUAUCUGACACAGAAACCGAACGUGACGGAAAGAUCACACGAGAUCCAUCAAAAACUAAGGACCUUAACUUGAAAUGGAAAAAUAAAAAUAAAAUUAUUGUUACUCCACCUCAGGAAAACAGUCCUACUAUUGAAAAUAUACCAUUUAUUGAUUCAAGUACGUCAAAAUCUAACAAAUCAGAUACCGGAGAACAUACUGGAAGCUCUGGAAGUGAUAAAUCGCCCACCGAAAAUAAAGCUGACCAAAGAGCUUUAUUAACGGCUAAAUCUAGACGUAGUGAGUUGCUCAAACUGAGCGCAGAACGAUCUCGUAGCUCAGAGUCAACAUCAUGGACUAGCAUUGAAAAAGAUGUUAGUCCAUCAAGCAAUAUUAAAGGUAGUUCUAUCGAAGACGAAUCCAGUGUCAGUUGCUCAAUAGCUAGACCAUUAGGUAUAUCACAAGAUAUUGAAAAAUUAAAUAAAAAGGAUCGCGAAUGUCUUGAAGAAUUAAAACAAGCAAUGGAAUACGGAGAAGAGCAUCUUUUAUCUCAACACACAUUGUCUAGUGAUCACUCGAAAUCCAAUUCGAAAUCACCUUCUCCUAUACCCGAGAUGACACGUAUUGAAAGUCCCAGGAGUCCAAGUAAAUAUGGCGCCAGAAAAUCCCCCACGCCGACAUUAGAAAAGCAAGGACAAGUAGAUUCAUUGAAAGCUCCUUCAGAUUCGGAAUCAAGCUCGGAAAGCAUUGAUAAAACUGUCGAGCAGUUAUCAAAACCUAAUACAAGAAAAAGUGGGUUAGAAAAAAUUGGCAAGUGUGUCAUUGAAGAAUCGGAGUCGAGCCAAUCGGCAGCUUCUAAGGCAUCAGAUAUCGCAAAAGAAUUACAGAGAACUGUUAAGAAAACUAAGAUAGCUAUAACCAUAUCACAAGAAGAUCAAAAUACCACUAUAGAUUUUGAUGAUGAUGGGAACGUUAUUACUUCAUCUUUUGAAAGGGAGCUCAUGAAAAAAAGAGCUCUGAAAGAUACUGACCAAAAAAGUUCAUCUAAAUCAAGUAUAGAUACGACAACUACUACACCAUCAAAAGGGUCAUUAAGCGUCGAUGAUUCGUCAUCAAGGCGUAAAGGACGACUUGAUGAACAAAAAAGUUCCUCUAAAUCCAGCAUGGAUUCCAGAGGUUCUCUCAGUGUAGAGUCAAGAGGAUCAUUUGAAACAACAGAGUCUACAUCUGGGUCUUUGGGCGAAGCAUAUCGUCGUGGCGAGGAAUUGAAGCCAACUUGGAGACCAUUCUUUGGUGCCUCGGGUAGUGAAAAUAGUACAAGUAUAGAGGAAGCCUGGAUUCCACAAGAUCACGAAGGUUAUGAAAGCUUAGGUCUUAAUAAAGAUGUAUUCGAAUACAACAAUCAAAGAAUGCUAGAUGACUUUCAAACAUUUUCUAAAAACCCACCGUUGUCUGCGAAUACGUCUAAAGACUCAACUGAUGCGGACUUUACGGAUGACCUUAAUGAUUUUCCAGUCAAUUUCCUUUACCCUGCUACGUCAUCGACAGCUGACGUUGUAAUAGGUUAUGGUCAAAAUUUCGGUCGUACACUAUCUCGUAUAUCAGAAAGAAGUACAGCGUCAGAAAAAACCAGUGCAGACGAAGAUUCCACAAAAGCUUGUUCGCGAUCUGAAAGUUUAAAUGAGGAGUCAAUGAACUCUAGCGAUCACCAAGCUAGCCUUAGUUCCGAUCCGCCGAGCAAUGCUAACGUUGCUUACAUAUCGGACACCGAUAGAAGAACAUCGGCGGAAAUGCCAGAUAUACCCAUAGAUCAGACGAAAAUUAGCGAAAUGUAUGAAGCUAAAAAAGAUGUUGAUAAACCUGAGAAAGUUUUUGAUGAUGGCGCAGAAGAUAAAAAGGUUGGUGAAAGUUCAACUGCGGCGACAAAAUUUAGUCUACAAGUUCCUUCAAAGCAAUCGUCGGCCAGUGAUAGUCAAGAAUCUGAAGAUUGGCCUCUUCCAGAGCUACCUCCUCAGGUAGUUGGUAAAAGUCAAGAGGAUUACGAUCCAAUACCAUCCACCACUUUAUUAGAAACACCAAUAAUAGAAAAAGUUCACAUCUACUAUAUGAGCAAUGAACCGGAACAGCCUAUGAAGGUUACUUUACAGUCUGAAAGCUCGAAAGGAAAUUUAGAGGGAUCUGAUGAAGACAGCGAUACAUUGAAUAAUGAUGAUGAUUUAGAAAAAGAUGUUCCGGAAUCGAAGUCGGAAAAAUCAAAAAGUGAUGAUAGUUCUAAGAAAAAUGUUAAAGUAAUACCUUACGAAAUGUCUGGUUACAUGGUUGAUCCAUUAGAGAAACAUGAUGAAUUUACGUGCUUAAAUAAAAAUGUAGUUCCUAACUACGACAAAUCAUGUUUAAGCGGAACCAUUAGUAAAGCGACCUGUCUCAUGGGUGACAUGGGUUCUUGCUGUUCUCGGGCUGAACACAAAUCUUUUACCAUAAAAAGUAAUCUCGAAGAUAAAGUGAUUAUAAAUCAGCCCCAAAAAUCACCUACAAAUCAUAGUCCAAUAUUUGAAGAUGAUCAUUUAUAUACAGACGAUAUGUUCGGUGCAGAUAGUAAAUCUCUUUCUCCUGAUUUUGAUAAAGGAUUUUCUCAAAUGGGCACGCCAAAAUAUUCCCUUGGAUCGAAUAAUUCGGACACUUCUAUUGAUGAUUUACUUUCCCAGACAAAUAUCGAGGAGACAGUUCGCGCGGUGGCUAAACUGAGCACUGGCAGCGCUGGUACUUGCAAGAGAUGUAGCCAUAGUAGCCACUCUGAAGAAGAAACUAGUUCUUUUGGUACAGAUUUAGAUGGAACUGUUAAAAUUGGAUUGCCACAAAAGAAGUGCACUCACAGUUCCCACUCUGAGGAUACUUCUAUUUGUUUAAGUAUUUCUGAGUGGUCCACGGGUACCAACACUGUCCGUCAGUAUGCAAAUCUGUCUGCCUCUGAAAGCAUAUCUGCCGUAUCGGUACCAAAAAGUGAAAAAUCGGAUAAUAUAUCAGCAAAAGCCUAUUCUUCCUCUCACACAAGCAAAAAAGCUGACCAGAAGGCCAAAAUGAGUUCUCAAGCAGAAAUGAGUUCUAAGAGCAGUAGCUUAGAGAAAAGUUCAGAAAACAUUAAGUAUGAUAAAUUGUGUAGUUCAGAUACUACUAUUACCAGAAAAGGUAUAGAUAGCAGUUCUGGAACUAAAAGCGAUAGUACUUUAACAUUAGCACAAUCAAUAUCCGAUUGGUCUGCUAGUACUAGCCAUACGUUAGUCGCAACGGCUCUUGGGGAUGCACAAGAAGCUGAUACUACGAAAUCUGAUCACACGAUCAUCGUAGAACCUAUUUGUAAUUUAGAACCAGAAGAGAAGGCUGAUGAGAUAAUAACGGAAAAAUCACCUUCACAUUCUAAAGAUGUUCAGGAAACAAAGGAACCUGUUUUGAGACUGACUGCAUCAUAUAUGGGCAAGACGGAUAAGUCUUCAUCAAUUAGUUAUAGUGACAAAUCAGACAAGUCUAGUUCUAGUUCUUUGAGUAGUUUGCAAAAGCAUUCCAAUGGAGUGCUUAGGUUUGAACAAAGGUUAAGAGGUUUUCAACCACAAGAAGGAACUCACGAGCGAUAUUCAAAAGUGCCUCCGAAAAGUCUGAGUUAUGAAGAACAAUCCCAGAAGUUUUUAAAACCAACUAUUCGUUGCCAAAGCGAAGACAGUGAUUUUAAGCCCUACUUCGUGGGACCACAACCUGAAUUAGACAUAGACAUGCCUUCGCAACUCUAUAGCCAAGAGGAGAAACACAGUGAGCGCUACCAGAGCCAAGAAUUCUCCAAUAUUAUACGUGAAGAUUUGAGUGGUCAGUUUAUCAGAUCUGAUUAUAAACCGCUAGCCAAACAUGCUAGCUAUGACGAUAAAACUCUUUCAAAGAAUCAAAUAAAAGAGUACAAGACUUCGCAGCAAUAUCGUACCAAACCCAAAAGUUGGUCCUUCCAUGAACACUAUUUAGCUUCUUCAGAAUUGCCUGUAAUAUCUGUACCAGAAAUACCUUCCGUGCAUAGAGAGCUCCAGGAGAAAAAGUCGGCGGAGAGAUCCGGCAAGACCCCCCUUUCUCGUUGUUCCCCUUAUUAUUCUAGUAGCCUGAGCUCCGAGUCACCGCCUAUACAGCCUUUAAAAGCGCCUGUAAAAAAAUCACUUCUAGUGCGGAAUAUAUCGUUAAAAAGUCCCCCUAGUGGUAAUGAUACGGAUAGUUCCUUGGACGUCAUUCGAGACCCUCGUGAACGUAUGAAAACUUUUAGGCGCAAGAAGCAAGUAACAAGUGCACGUAAAAGACAGGAGAGGAUUCAAGACGUGUUAGAGGAAGAUUCUACUAAAAGCCAAUAUUCUUCUGAAAGCGACAAAGCUCAAGGCAUAAAAUAUUUAGCUGUAGAAGAAUCUUUGCGUCGUAUGGAAAGUUCGGAAUGCUCUGACAGCUACGUUCCAGAGGUGGAAUCUGGUUCUUCUGAAGUUUCCAAAGGUGACUCAAAAAAUUACGACAUACAGGAGGUGGCUAGUUACUCUGAGGACGAGGGGCAAGAGGAGUACACAAAAUACAAAACUGCAAAUUAUGAAGCUCAACAAUUUCCAAUCAGUAUUACACCGGUACAUUUCCAAGGGUUCGGUUCUUCGGCUGAUGAGGAUGAGAUGGGCUUCCCGCGAUUCGAUAGGUUAGGUCGUUUGCGUCACCCUUAUUUGGACUCACAGGAGCCCCAAUAUGUGUCUGAAGACAGUCCUCCCAGGGUUUCUUACUCCAACAAGGGCAGUCGUCAAUCUUCAUUGAAGAAAACUAAGUCUACUUCGAGUUUUCGACAGUCCGAGGACAAAUCCAUGGGAGAGUCAUCUGGGCAACACCAGCCAAGAGUGUACUACGAGGAAACUAGUGACAGAGAUGACUCGGAUGAUUAUGCCUAUCCGAUUGACACAAUCAAACGUGCUCCCAAGGUUCCCAAGUCGGGUAGCUAUUUGUUUGAGCGUGGAGAGUCUGUAGCUUACUCGGACACUGAGCUACCACCAGACAAAGAUGAGUACGAAGAGUACAGGGGGAGCCCUUACCCUGAACAUUACGAGGAAGUCGAAAUGUUUCAAACACAGGAAUGUUAUCCACAGUACGAUAACAAUUUGGAUGAGAGUAGGGACGAGAACGGGGAUCAUUACACUAGAGACCUCGACCAGCGGUUCAGUCUGAACAAUGUUGAAAGAUUUUACUCGAGUCAUUACGUCGACUCCCAGGCUUCUAGCGACAGCCCCGAGCAAAAGUUCGACGUUUCCACGCUGCCUCCACCCCUUUGCUCCGACGAUGAAAACGAUUAAACGGUGUUGAUCGCGGUACAUGCUUGCAUUUAAUUUGUUCACAUUUCCUCCUGGUUGACCCUCGUUCCGAAUCUGGUGUGCGUGCGCGGUGUCUGAGAGCGUUUCCAAAUUUAAAUUAUAAUUAUUGCAAUUAAUUGUUACAUUGGUAUUUGAUAUUAGGGUACUCAUUAUAUUAAAUAUAUUUACAUUAUCACUUUGAAUAUUUAGCAUAAUAAUGAAUUAUAUAUACCUAGUGCCAAUUCCCGGGUAGCGCGAUCCCCUUGACUAUCGUGUGUAUGUCGACUUAUUAUACCUAUAGCUUUUUAAGUACUUAGGUGUAGUUACGUAUAUCGAUCGUAUAUAUUCAUCUUCGAAAUCAAUAAAGUUCUGAUGAAAUAUUCUAAAAUGAAAUAUAAAACUGAUCCUAACCGUUUAACAUUAAGUUACGUACGUAGAUCGGUUCGCGUACCUGGUAGAGCGCACGCUUCAAGGAUACGCAAACAGGUACCGUAAUGUGUUUAGUGCCAACUUCUUCUAGUCAACAAAAUAUUUUAGUGUUUUAUUGAACUUUAUAAAAUUGUAUUAAAUAUUUAUUCUAUUAUAUCCAUGAUACAUAGAUAUUAUGCGUAAAGGCUGUGAUUUACUUUGUGUGGUGAGAUCCAAGAUCUGUUUUAUGUUCUGACAUUACCGUUCAGUACGGUAGCAUUCACUGUUCACCUACAUAUUGUAUGUAUAUCCACACUACGUCAAAAAGAUUCUAAACAAUAUUUAAUACACAGUAGUGCCAAACAUGCUCAAUGUUUCCUAAAUUUUUAUAAUUUACUUCAUAAUAUAGAAAAUGUUUAAUAAAUUAAUAUUGUUUUAAAGUGUUAACGUUAAAUUAUAUUUACGACACGCAAUUGGAUUAUUAUUAUUAUUAUGAAUUUAUGAAAGUCAUCGAAGUUUUACGAACGCGUGAGACUUGAUUCCAAUAAUAUUUGUAUUUUAUUCAGUAAAAUUACAUUAGUUAAAAAUACUGACUAUUGUUAUUUUCAUUAUAUGAAAAAAUAGUUUAAGGGGUUAUAAAAUUAAUUAUAUUUACUUUUUAAUGUUAAAAAUAUUUAAGUUUAGUCAGAUUGAUUUUAGAUGUAUUGUGUGGAUGGGUUCGGUAGACGCAUUGGUUAUAGUUGUGUUUGUGUGCGUAGCCGCAAUAGUUUUCGAUUUAUUGACAACAAAAGCUAUGUACUGCCAGAGGUUUUUAAGAUAUCGGUGUUAAUUACAAACCUUCACACAUCAUUUAAUUAUUAAUUACUUAUUCUCUAAGUUUAUUAUUGUCGUUGUCUAAUGCCAAUUUAAUUAUAAAAUUAUAAGCCGAAAUAUCGGUAAAUAAAAUUGUUGAAGUAAAUGCUUUCGAACACUGUAAGUAUUAAUAAAAUUAUAUCUUUAAAAAAUGAUAAUUAAUUUGCACCGGUAUGUUUUCACAUUAUAUUUAACACAUAUUUCUGUUACAGUGACGAAGGAUUGGCUUCAUGUUUUCAUUUAUAACCUAAUUUGCAAUCCUAAUUAGAUAGGAAUAAAGAAUAUCGAAAAAAUAGACGAAUUGUGUGUUGUCAAAGUAGUUGUGAACGGGUAGGUUAAUGUUGCGCUCAUUGGUUUCCGGUGCAGCUAUAUUGGAUAAGACGUUUAUUGCACUCAGUUGCUAUGGUAAUUUUAGACAUACAUUUUUUCCAGUUAGUACCCAUUUCAUUCCGAUUGAUUAAGAUCCAAAUAAGCUUUGUCCACAUUUUUGCGAUCAAUGAUUGACAAAAUCGCUGCUAUUACAUCACAUAUACUGUCGUGUAGCGGAGUUGUGCCCCAGCCUGAUCGUAUAGAUGUGUAUGAAUCUGUGGCCAUAAGUAAGUAUUAUUUUCUAUGCAACGGGGUGGAAUUGAACACGGGGUAACUAGUAACAUACUGUAUGCUGUAACGGGUCCGAUUGGACAUUCGAUUUUUCGUGUGAGACUUUAAACAUUAGUAUUGCAAUUGAUUAUCAUUCGAUCAUGUUCUUUUCGUUUUGGAGCGUGUUUUCAUCGUGGUAGCGGAUUGUAAAUUGGUCGAAAAAAAAUAAUUAUAAAUAUAAAAGUAAAUCGGACCUAAUUGUUCUACUAAAUUCAUUAGUUAAAAUUGAUAAUAUAAUUACUUAAGUCCUAACGAGUUCCUAAAGCUUUAUUGCUCCAAUUAGAAAUGUUCAUUUGCCGACAUCUUGAAGCUGUUUAGUGCGUACGUUAUAUCCCUUUCAACAUUUCUAAACGAUUUAUAACACUUAGACAAUAUUUUAUUACCAAGACAAUAUAAGCUUGCGCAAUGAAAACUCGCUUCACUUUUUUUUAUUAUUCGUCAACCCACUGCUGGAUAGUGUUCAAUUAAUAUUGAAAAUAAAUAACUUUAAAAUGAUGAUGUGCACGAAGCAAUUUUAGACUAUUAGCUGUAAGAGGUCGCCGACCACAAUAGUUAGCGCAAUAACGGUCGGUUAUUAUUAUGAAAAUACAAAAGUCUUAGAUAUUUAAGCACUUCGACUUUUCGAUUGAAAGUGUACAAUCCGAAUAGACUGUAAUGUUACAAUUUCAUUGUACUAUUGUGGAUUUUUGUGACAUAAACAUUCAGCCACGAAUUUGGUUUGUCGCGUUUUCUUUAGUCUUCUAUGAAUGAUUUUUGUUUUGUAGUCAAAUUAUCAUACUAUACUUAGAACAGCGCAUUGUUUUGUGGUAGUCUGUUUUAAUCAAUGCUUUAUAUGGAAUCAAAUACUCUGAGUUAAUGUGCUGAGGGUGAAUACCUACUCACUAUUGCUCGUAUGUACUCCUUACAACUUGACUUGCCUCAGCUGUUUGCCUAUUGUUUGUAGUAACGGGACGGAUAUGAAAAUGUAGUUACUCAAAAGCCUAUUACUACAUGUCUUGUAGAAUGAUAGUAACUUGUAUAUUACUGUCAUGGUAUGGCGCGAGUAGCUGCACUACGGUAAUCGACUAGGCCAAAGCCUGCACAACAAGUCAAGCUUACACACAGGCAUUUCCAACAGUUAAUAUUUAUUCGUCAUAUUGUGUUUUUAUUUUUUCUUGAAUUGCCGAUUUGCCUAUUUGAAUGAUUUUUAAACGUAAUAUAUAUGACUGUAUUAAGUUCCGUACAAUUUUAAUCUCAUUGGCGCUAUAAAUGUAUAAUUUUAUCUGCUCUCUGUCAUUUCGAUGGUGGUAUUUUUUUUUCAGUUUUAUUAGGUAUCCCUUGUAUUUCACCGAAUCUGUGCGAAUCGUCAUAUGUUCAUGUCACAAAAAAAAACAAUUGUUUAAGUUUUACGUGUCACGUAAUUAUAUUGUUUCGAAUAUUGAAACGUUACUUCCUUUUUGAAUUUAUAUGUGAGUGUGUGUGUACUGUGCCCCUGCAAUACACGACACUACCCCGCGUUUGGGGAUAGUUAAACAAUAAAAAUAAAUAAAAUAAUCAAUUGUUAUUUUCUUUACGAUAUUUUUUUAUUUGUCUCUAAGUUUGUUCCCUAUAAUAAUAAUUUAAAGCUGCCAGGAAUUACCAUGUGAGUGUGAUCUACAUUUAGGCAUGUUAUACUUUUAUUAGGUUUUUUGUUACAGCUUUUUGAAACGUAAAAUAUUUUUUUGCAGGUUACAUGAUACAUUUUAAAUGCAUGUUACAUUUUUUUCCAGAUUUUUGUGUUUAAUUUGUUUAUUGUUUUAAUGUGCGUUUAUGCUUUUUUUUAUAAACUAUUCGUUUGAACAAGUAGUAAGGAAAUAUAUUAUGUUAUAUUUUAUUGUAAUUGUAUAUCCUGAUUAUAAUUGUAUAUUGUAUUGUAUAUCCUGUGUUUGGUAAUAUUUGAAGCAUCAUAUAUCGCAAUUUGUUUUUACGCAAAUAAUAUUAUUUGUUUCCUAUUCAACCUUGUAACUAUUCCAUACUGUCAGUUUUUUAAACCUCUUUAAUAAUAAUAAGUUUGACACAACUUUUCUAAAUACAAACAUUUGUUCAAAAGUGUUAA